AUGACCGGAUCCUAUUUUCAUAUCGCCGAUAGCCACAAGGCUUUCCAGAACAAACAUCCAAUUCUGAACGGCAUGGCGAAGCGAGACGAUACCACUGUGAUCGAUGGAACUACCUAUCUUGUCGCCUAUACAACUCAAAGCCCGACCUUUACUGGAGUUCUGGGUGGAUAUACAACCGCCGGCGACAGCAACACCGCAAGCGCAGUCUCCAGCUCAGUCGCUCCUACUUCGAUCGCUUCUACCUCGGCCGCUGCUACAUCGCUCGCACUUACCUCGACACGACAGACUGCUGCUGCAACUUCACAAAGUGCCGCUUCAACUCCUGCUUCAUCUGUAGCACCUGCCGAGACCUCGAACAUUUUCUCUCAGAUCCUGGCUUCGUCUUCAAAUGCAGGAACUGGCGAGACACUCACACCAUCGGCCUCAACUAAUCGAGCGACAUCCUCCUCUGCGACAUUGAGUAGAGCCACUCCUUCCAGCUCUUCUGACUCAUCCACCACAUCGUCAUCUGCCGACUUGGUAGGCGCCGUCCUGGGCCUAAUUCUCUUCCUGCUGAGUAAGAAGAAAAGGCAAGUAAAGGCGGAGCAAGCAAGACAGGACUCUGAGAAAAAUGCCGCAAUCGCAGCUGCAGCUGGUAAACCUGCACCCAGUGCACCCAGGUUGAGCCUGAGGCCAGCUUCAUCAUUCCUUCCGGAGUUCAUGGGUGGCAACAGACCAAAGAGCCGGCUCAGUCAAAACAUGCUUGGCGGUUCCACGAACGAGACGAAAGAGAUGAGGGAGAAGUACCUCGCUGGUGGACAACAAGCAAUUCCCAUGACUGAAAAGUCCAACCCGACUGAAAACCCUUUCAGAGAUCCGGAUAAUCCAUUUGCUGACCCCGUUCGAUCUGCUCCCGCGGUCGCUCCCAUUACUGCCUCUGAAGCGAGACCACUUCAUGCCCCUAUCUCAAUGCCAGAACCCGAAAGAUCGCUUGCUCCAGCUCCUUUGACCAUACGUGAGUCCACACACGACAAUGACACAGACCGAAUAGCCCAUGUCGCUGCAAGUGCUGGCGCAAUAGCCGCUGCUCGUGCCGCCACUCACAACAAGGAAUCCUACCCAGAGCCAAUUGAGAUGCCAAUUCCUCCUGUCAGUGCUGGCCCAGCACUUCAGCGUCAACGCUCCGAUUCCUCGCCUGCUGCUUCACCUCCUGAAGGCAAUGUAUAUCGGAUUUUGAUGGAUUUCAUACCUUCAAUGGACGAUGAACUCGAGCUUCGUGCUGGCCAAGUGAUCAGGUUGCUCCACGAGUACGAUGACGGAUGGUGCCUCGCUCAGAAGCUCGACCGAUCCCAACAAGGUGCAGUUCCACGAACCUGUCUUGCCGCAAAGCCAUCGAAGCCCCGACCGGCUCCUGGUCAAGGCCCACGACCAAUGGGCCCACCAGGUCCUAAUGGUCGUCCCAUGAGUCCUGCCAUGCGAGGUCCUCCAAGUCGAUCAAUGUCUCCUGCAGGCAUGGGCAGGUCUAUGUCGCCCGGCCCUCGAGGUCGACCACCAAUGGACAGAUCAAUGUCGCCUGGACCACGAAAGAUGGGUCCGUCACCAAAUGGUAUGCGAUCAAUGAGUCCAGGUGCCUAUAACCAACCUCCUCGACCCCUAUCCCCUGGACCACGAGGGUCGAAGCAAAGGAGCAUGUCUCCAGGUCCAUAUGGACCUAGCGGACGUCCUGCACCUAUGGCUCCAAACCAGAGACGAAGAAGUAACUCUUCAAGUCAGACCGCACGAGAGGUGAGAGAGCGAAGAAUGUCGCCUCCUGGACCUAGCCCUCUAAACACUGCUGCUGUUCCGGGAACAGCCAUCUAA